UGCUGCUACGUUCCGCUCUGAUCCCUCUCUUAAGGCCCACACGGCAGCUGGGGAGAUUAGAGUGGAGAGAACAGUGACACACGUCGACUCUUCCUCACAGUGACACAGCCAGCCAGGACAGGUUCUGGUUCAGAUGGGACUAGACCCUCAUUUUCACAACUAGACACAAGUAAAACCUCUCUGGCUUCAUUUAUUGGACUUAUGUCUUUGGAUCUCCAGCUACCUCACGGUGAAGCGCAGCAUUUUGUGGACUCUUUAACAUUUUUGGGUCUUCACAAGGUCAUAUGCGACUCAAGAGCUGUUCUGUCUGUGUAGGUUCACACUGAUUCUGACUGGUCUGUGCUUUUUCACGCCUUGGCCAUGAGCUGCUUUGGGUACAGACGAGAGCUGAGUAAGUACGAAGACGUCGAUGAGGAUGAGCUUUUGGCCUCUCUCAGCCCCGAGGAGCUGGCUGAGUUGGAAAAGGAGCUGGUGGACAUUGAUCCUGAUGCCAACGUGCCCAUAGGACUCAGACAGAGAGACCAGACGGACAAGACCCCGACAGGCACCUUCAGCAGAGAGGCCCUCAUGAAGUACUGGGAAACUGAGACACAGAGAUUGCUGGAGGACGAGAUAGGUGGAGGGAGCCCAAAACUGGAUGAAGAACAAGAGGAGUGUGUAACAGAGGAAAGCAGUGAAGCAGAGGACGAGAAAGAUGAGGAAAAUGAGAAAGAAUCAAACAAGUGUGAAAGGAAGGAGGAAGAGGAAGAAGAAAGUGAGGAUGAAGCAGAAGAAGAAGAAGAGGAGGAAGAAGAUGAGGAUACUGAGGAGGAGGAGGAACCUAUAACAGAGGAGGAGGAUGAGGAGGAGGAGGAGGAAGAGCAAAAUCACAAAUCAACACCCCAACCCCCAAAUAAUUGUGGAAUAUUACAAGCAGACACCCCGAAACUUCUAAAACCACAGAGGGUGGAGCCUAUCAGGCUGACUCCUCCCCCUCCAGCUGUUGACAGCAACGCGACCGGAAAUCCAACUGUUGUCGACGACGCUCUCCAGCGAGUUCUUAAUGACGACCCAGAACUCACAGAGGUUAACCUUAACAAUAUCGACGACAUCUCGCAGGAAACCCUAAGCCAAUUUGCUGAAGCACUGAGGUCCAACACACAUGUUCGGGUCUUUAGUCUGGCGAACACCCGAGCUGACGACCCCGUGGCUCUGGCCGUUGCUAAGAUGUUGAGGGAGAACUCGUCCAUCAUCAGUCUGAAUAUAGAGUCCAACUAUGUGACUGGAAAGGGUGUAAUGGCUCUGGUUCAAGCACUUCCAGGAAACCAAACACUGACUGAGCUUCGAUUUCACAACCAGAGACACAUGUGUGGAGCACAGGUAGAGAUGGAGAUGGUUAAGAUUCUGAGGGAAAAUCACACCCUGAUCAAGUUAGGCUACCAAUUCAACCUCCCUGGUCCCAGGAUGAGCAUGACAGGGAUCCUUACCAGGAACCAGGAUCGCCAGAGGCAGAAACGGAUGCAGGAGCAGAGGCAACAGCAGCAACUGCUGGGCCAACAAGGAGCAACAGAGGGACCUGGCAACCCCAGAACCACUGCACUGCGAGGAACACCAAGUCCAUCACCUUACAAUUCACCCAGAGCCUCUCCUUGGUCCUCGCCUAAACUCCCCCGGAGUGAUGCGCAUAAAAAGCAAACUCCUCCUGCUCCACCUCCACCUCCUCCACCACCACCUCCUCCGCCACCUCCACCACCACCUCUGCCCCCUCCACAGCAGGAGAAGAAGAAGCCCACCAGGAUGAUUGCAGAAGUCAUCAAGGCACACGAGGCCGGUGGCAAGAAGUCGACGAAGACAAAAGGGAAGAAGGGCAAGAAGGUCAGGGAGAAGGAUUUGCGGAAAGAUGAAACGAGUGGCAUCCUGAAGGAGCUCAAGAACGCACUGAGGCCCGUGUCGGUGGAGCGGAGAGGGGAGGAGAGUAGCCGGCCAUCCACGCCACUGAGGUCAUGCCAUGACCAGCUGAUGGAGUCCAUCCGCAACAGCAGUGUCCGCAGCCUUAGACGGGUGGACGUCCCGCAUCAUCUGCGAUGAUACAAGAGGUCCAUGGCGUGCUGAGACGUCCGAGGAGGCACAGUUUUAUUUCUUACUCAUUAGAAACAUAUACUGGAAAUUUGCACUGCGGUAAUAGCUUUACACUGUAUUGAUUUUUUUUUUUUUAAUUGAGAAAACUGUAUUAUAAAAUGAGUUGAAUUCAGUGUUUUUUUUCUGUCAAAUUGUACAUAUGAUCUGUUGUUGGUUGGAUUACAUUAAUGUCUACAUAUAAAUAUAGAUUUUUGGUGUUUCCUGCACCACUUACUAUGUUUUCCUUUUGUCUGCCCACUCUGGUGUAAACUUUGACACGGUUGCAACACAACAACGGGGCAUCCACCACAUCAUUACGGGAUCUAAUCAGAGAUUAUGAGUAGUAGCUGCUACUGGGUCAGUGGAAUUGUUUAUUUUUCCAAAUACCAUGUGAAUUCUUGGUCGAGAGAGACAGAUUAGAUAAAAGAAAAGUUAGACAUAAACUGGUCGGGAUUUGAGGGAGUGGAUUAAGGUUGGAAGAAGCGAUCGGCCUAAUCCUGCAUCUGCAGUUGUUAAUGGAAGUGCUUUCUCACUCCUACAUCCACGGUGCUGCAGUUCACAGGCGAAAAAAGGCAGCGACUCCAGGUUGGCAACGAUGAGGGCCCGAGCAUGAAUGCUAGGGGCCAAAAUGACUCCUGGCACGGUGCGAGGAACCUAUUGUUUACCUUUAGCUUCAGAUUAUUAUUAUAUCUGUAUUAUUUUUGAGGGGGUUAACAUGCAUAAGAACUCUUGGAAACUUGGCGUGGAGGUCAGGUGUGGCGGAAAAGCGAUAUUGUCAUAGUGGUCAGACCCGUGCACUGCACCAGGGCUCUAUAGCACCCCCCUAAGGUGAAAACGUGGAUGGAGCAAACCAAAAUGCAGUUGCACCCAAUUUCACAAAACUUGGUGGGAACAUGUUAUAGCCCAAGACGAACAAAAAAGUAAAUCGGGACCACGGCCUCAACACAACAGGUAGUCGGCCAUUUUGAAUUUGCCGUACGUCUUCGUAAAUGGACAAACUGGUCUUGUAUCGUACCAACAUAACAAUUUGUACUGGACACAGAACGUUUUUGCGGCUUCACAAGGGUAACUGUCGGACGUUUGGCACAUUUUGACCAUUCGCCAAACAGGAAGUGCCCUAUAACUUAACCAGGCAUUGACCGAUCGCCUUGAAACUUCAUACGUGACACAAGAGACACGUUUACAGACACAAACUUCCCCCAACAGGGCUCUAAUUUCUCUUAGAUUUUUGUAGAUUCUAGACAUCCCAUGCAUGAACCUUAGUGUGAAAGUAAAUAAAUAAUUAAAUAAGUAAAUAUUUAGUAAAAAAAAGAAACUGCUGCUAACUAGUGGUUGGAGGCUUGAACAAGGCACAAAACCAGUGUCAGGACCAGCACUUUCUUAAAUCUUGGCAAUUUUUAAAAGCAAAGUCCAGUUGAUAGAUAGAUAGACUGUCCCAAUCAGUGACAACAAUAUAGUACAAUACAUUCAACACUCAAAACAAAACAAUAAAAAUAAGAUUUUGUUUGUGCUGGUUUA